AUGGGUGUCAGCAAUUGUGACGAACGGAAGCCGGCUUGCGACAAGUGCAAGGUAUACGGGGUGGAUUGCUCCUUCGCGCUUUCAGCAAAUUCAACAGAACAGUCGGUCUCAUGCUCAGAUCAAGACACAACGCCAGCUGUAGGAACACCACAAGCGCCGCCAUCGGCAGGUUCCGAACUCGCCAUCUCCGACCUGGAGCUGCUGCACCACUACACAACAUCAACCGCCUACACCUUCUCCCACCACCCCGCCCUGCAAACCUUCUGGCGCGUCGAGGCUCCCAAGAUCGCAUUCACCGCGCCCUACACCCUGCGCGCGAUACUGGCCAUGUCAGCUCUGCAUUUAUCCGUGCUCCGCCCAGAGAAGAAGGACCUCUACAUCGCCCAGGCAAGCGAGCACAACGAUGCAGCGCUCAAGCUUGCGACGCCCGAAAUCACAAAUAUCAGUCCCGAGAACGCGACGCCGCUAUUCCUCUUCUCCGCACUCCUGUCUUUCAUAUCGUGUGCCAAGCCACUCAAGCUAGGCAACUUCCUCCUCUGGGAGGACCACGACAUCGCCGACUGGCUCUCGCUGAUCAGAGGGACGGGAACGAUCGUCGAGUCCGCGAACGAUUCACUCCGCACAGGGCCGCUGGGUAUAAUCUUCAGCGUGCAUCGGCAGUCUCACAACCAGCCGGAUCCAGUUGUGCGGCAUGAAUUCCUCGAGGACCUGCGGGUAUUCAUUCUGGAGGAAGUGACAGACGAGCACGAGAGAGAGGUAUACUCUGUCGCUAUUGACCAUCUAAGCCACUGCUUUGCGAUAUGCCUGGACAAGGCGUGGCGGCUUGAGACAUCAGACGUGUUUAUGUGGUUGUUGCGUGUUCCGGCGGACUUUCUGCGGUUGUUGAAGGGGCAUCAGCCGCAUGCACUCAUGGUCCUCGGGUACUUUUGCGUGCUGAUGCAUCAGCUCGAGUGGAUGUGGUGGAUGAAGAACUGGGAGAGGCAUAUUCUCUCGCAGAUCUACCAUCUUUUGCCGGCGCCGUUGCAUAGGGCUUGGUUGCAGUGGCCGAUGGAGCAGGUUGGGUUCAGUCCGUCCUGA